AAGUUAUGUCACAUGUGUAGAAUCAAACGGUAAUGAAGUGAACUUUGAAUAACUUUUUAAUCAUGACAUAAGAAUUUAGUUUAGUAUAACUUUAACCAAAUAAACUAACUUGUCCACUACAGUGUUAGUGACAAGUAAAUAAUUCUACCGCAUAAUUAUUUAUAUUAAUUCAGUGUUGUUUAUAUUACAAUAAGUGACAUAACCUCUCAUGUUAUUACUAUAUAUCUGUUACACCUGAAAUCUCACAAUAUCCCAUCAAUUAAGAAAGAAAAUUAUUUAAAUAAAAAUGGAAAAUGAAAGAAAAAGUAACAUUAUUCGUGUAGGAUCAAGGAAAAGUCAGCUUGCACUUAUACAAACUAAUCAUGUAAUUGAUUGCCUGAAGAAUGUGCAUCCAGAUAAAGAAUUUACACUGGUAUCAAUGACAACACUGGGUGACCGUGUCUUGGAUGUGUCACUUCCAAAAAUUGGGGAAAAAUCACUAUUCACUAAGGACUUAGAAGAUGCAUUGCACAACAAUACUGUGGACUUUGUUGUGCAUUCAUUAAAAGACCUACCUACAUCUCUACCGGAUGGUUUAGCAAUCGGGGCAGUUUUUGAGAGAGAAGACCCUAGGGAUGCUUUAGUGCUUCGUGAAGAUAUCAAGGCCACUUCUUUGGAAGAUUUGCCUGAGGGCUCUGUUAUUGGAACUUCGUCCCUUCGUCGCACCGCCCAAUUGCGAGGGAAAUAUCCACAGCUAAAAGUAAUAGACGUGAGGGGAAAUCUCAAUACUCGUUUAAAGAAAUUGGACGAUCCGGCUACAGAUUAUUCCGCUUUAUUGCUCGCCAGUGCUGGGAUGCAGAGGAUGGGAUGGGCUGACCGAAUAUCGAAGUAUUUACCAUGUUCGGACAUGAUGUACGCUGUGGGGCAAGGGGCGUUAGCAAUUGAAUGUCGGUCGGAUGGUGAAGAAAUUUUGAAAAUGUUGGCGCCAUUUAACCACCCUGAAACGUACUGUAGAAUACUGGCUGAGAGGAGUUUUUUAAAAACCUUAGGUGGUGGUUGCAGCGCCCCAGUUGGAGUGUCUACUAAAUUAAAAAAGUUAGAUACAAAUUAUCAACUCACAAUAACAGGUGGCGUGUGGAGUCUUGAUGGAGCAACCAAAAUAAGUCAUACCCUCGAAGAAACAUUCGAACAGAUAAACAUAUUGGAACAGAUUAAAAAUAAACCCAAACACAAACUAAGUCCCACAGAUGACGGUUCAACAAAAAAAAUUAAAGUUGUUGAUACAAGUGAUAAUAAUGAGAAUCCAUUAGCAGAACUAGAUGAAAUAAUUAAGUCUGACAAUGCAAACUGUGAGGAAUUAAGAAGUGAUGAAGAGAUAGAGGCAUUGAAGAAGAUAUUCUGUGGUUUAAAAGCAAAUCGGAAUGUUCCGGUUGAUGUUAUUCAAAAAUGCGAUGAUUUAGGUCGUGAUUUAGCUAAUUUAUUGAUUGAAAAGGGUGCUCUAGAUGUAAUGAAAGUGACUCAAGAUCUAAUACGAUCUUCAGUUGUCAAGUCUUGAUGGAUAGAUAAAAUGGGGCUGCCAAUACAAAAAUAUAUUUUAGUUUUUAAUUUACAAAUGUGGUGACAAGCAAUUUUUAAGAAUUUACAAUUAAAUUUAGUACGUAAAAAUAAAUGCGAUACAAGACAUAAGUUUAAAGAAAAAUAA